AUGAGUAAUAAUAGAAGCAGCAUUUUGAGUGGAAAUAAUAAUAACAAUUAUAAUUAUGAAGCAAUACCAAACAAUUAUUCGAUUGUUGAUGAAAUUGAUAGUAAUAAUGAAGUGGGAAAAGGAGGGAAAGAAUCUGAUUGGAAUGCAUUUAUUGGUUGUGUGUGUAUUGUAGCAGGAGCAGGAACUUUGGGCAUUCCCUAUGCUAUACAACAAGGUGGAUGGAUUACCAUCUUGUUUUUGAUUUUAGCAGCUGUAAUGACAACUUAUGCAAAUAUAAAAUUCAUUGAAUGUUUAUAUUACAAUGGAAGCAAUCGUAAGAAUUCAAUGUCUGAAUUAGCAUAUGAUGCAUUUGGUAGAAUCGGAUUAGUGAUGGUUGGAUUUUUCUCUAGUUGUAUAAGUGUUGGCACACCAAUACUUUAUUUGAUAUUGAUUGGUGAUAAUUUGCAAUUGAUAUUUUCUAAAUUUGAUUUUGGAAUGAGAAAUUGGAUUUAUUUAGUGGCAGGUAUAAUGUGUAUUCCAUACAUACUAUUAAAAACCAUGAAAGAUGUUGCAUUAUUGAGUCUUUUUGGAGUGUUGACAGUUAUUUUGGUUGUGUUUAUUGUGGCAAUAAUUUCAAUUAUUGAUUAUCCUGAUAACAGAGAGAAUUUACAUGAUAUAGUCAUCAUAAGAUAUUUACCAAUUUCACUUGCAACUGUCAGUUUUAGUUAUGUACUCUCAUAUUCAAUGUUUACAAUUACAAUGUUAUAUCUAAUAAUUGGAUUUUUUGGUUAUUUAACUUAUGGAAAUAAUGUCAAAUCACCAAUUUAUUUAAAUUUACCUGAUGGAAUAUUAAAUAAACAUUAUAAUAAUAUCAAUAACACUACAUUUUAUAUUGCAAUAUUCAUACCUUAUUUUGCUGAUGUUAUGUCAUUAUUAGGUGCAUUGGCUAAUGGCACAUUAUUGGUUGUUAUGCCAUUAUUGUUAUGGUUGAGGUUUUUUGGAUGGAGUAAAUUGGAAAAUAAAAAUUGUGAAAAAGUUUGGAUAAUCUUUACUUUAAUGUUUUCAAUAACAAUUGCAAUAAUUGGAAGUUGUGAUGCUAUCACCUCAAUAUAUAAUGACAUUUAUAAAUAA